AUGAAAGAAGACACCGUUAUUCGCGUGGACACCGAGAAAGAGGUGCGUUGCGGUGUCGCGUCGCGCGGCUCAAUCUCGUCUUGUUCAGCAAUCUUCUGAGAAUGCGCCUGCACGUUCGGAGCCUCGCAAGAAAGCCGGAUUGGACUUUGAACUGGCGGCCGACAUGAACUCGCCGUUCCUGAUGGUCCCGUUCCCGCAGAUCUUCCUGGCCAUCGGUCUGAUGGGCUUCGUCUGCGUGUUCAGCCUCAUCUUCCUCAUCAUUUCGGGAGGCUUCUACUACUACGGUGGAUACGUCAGUGCCUACUUGCCCUAUUACUCCCCCUCCGUCACCGCAACACCUUUCAGUUCUUCUGGAUGAUCUUCGCCAUCCUCGGCGUCGUCGUGCCCGACAUCUUCAAUUGCUGGUGGCACUGGCUUCUCCAGGGCAUCGUCUGGUGCUUCUACGUCGUCGGCAACUUCAUCUUCUUCGUUCUCGUCUACGUGGCGUGCGAUCGAGCCGAAGACUAUUGGGAGAAAAGCGGCGCGUUGAACGGUACGCCGUGCCGCGGAAAAGUGCUGGAAAAGAGAGCUCGUUUCAGACGAGAACAAAGCGUAUCUGAGUCGCAUCCGAACCUGGAACUUUGUGAACACGUUUCUCUGCGAGCCGGCGCUCAUCGUCAUCGCCUUAAUCAUGCUCCGCAUCGCCGUCCAUGGAAUACGAAAUAGGUGAAGCGUUGGGAAUAGAUUUCAAACUCUAUUUGUGUAUUUAAUAAAUGUUUGGUAUGUGGUUACCUGUUGGAACUCGUUGGAAGUCACUGGAACCUCUUGGAUCGUUGAUGGUCGCGCUGCGGUCGAUCCUUGAACAGAAAUGACACUCGAAUCGCUCCUUUUAUAGCCGAAAUGUUAUCAGCUUAUUUAUUGACCGUACAGUAUCAGUAACUUAUCACCAUCUUGAAACUGAUAAUAAUAUAUUACUGAUUAAAGGAGACCGUUCAGUGAAGCUUUUGAAACGAUGAAGAAAGAUGCUGAUAUUUGUAGGGAACAAAAAUGUGUGAGUUGGGGCAGUUCUGCGGCUCAAGAAGUUCAUAAUAGCGGUUUGUUUCCAGAAUAACUCCGCGACACGUCUGAGAGCAGGAACGGACUUUGAAAUGGCCGCCGGAAUGAACAACCGUCUCCCGCUGCUGCCCUUUGCUCAAAUCUACGUCCUUCUUGCUCUUCAAGCCUUCGUCUGCCUCUGCACAAUCGUCUUUUUCCUUGUCGCCAGGGGAUACUUCUUUUAUUUUGGAUAUGUAGGAGAACCUUCGAGAAUCAUCGAGAACCACUCACUUUCAGUUCUUCUUCACUCUCUUCGUGGCACUUACCAUUGUCUACCCGGACGCUUUGGAUAUUUGGUGGCAUUGGCUCAUUCAGAGCGUCUAUUGGGUGCGGCUUGUCACUGUUUCAAUCAUACUUUUCCCCAACUUUCAGAGCAUUUACUCGGCCCUCAACAUUCUCUUCUUCGUCAUGAUCCUUUUGACGUGUAAUGGAGCGCAAGCGGAUCCGAACUACUCGAGUACGUUACAUUGCCCAUCGAACUUGUGGGAGAUGUGUCAAAACCGGGUUCCAGAACGCGACAAAGCGUACUAUGGGAAGUUGAAGACGUGGAUCUGGGUGUUCACGUUCGUCACUCAGCCGAUGCUCCUGCUCAUCGUGUUCAUUUUGAUUCGCAUCACACUCUGGGGAAUGAAGAUGAAACGGUUGAACUCGUCGAGCUCUGAGGAGUCGGAUAAAUGA